AUGCAGCUUUUCAGAGAGAAACAUGUUGACUACGUCAAAAAUCUGAACACGAAAACUGACCAAUUGGAGUAUUGGUUGACGGAACAUCUGAGACUAAACGGUGUUUAUUGGGGUUUGAUGGCAUUGUUUCUUAUGGAUUCUCAAGAUGCCUUUGUCAAAGAGGAAGUGAUAGAAUUCGUGCUGUCAUGCCGAGAUCCAAAAAGAGGCGGAUUUGGCCCUUAUCCCAAGCAUGAGGCGCACAUUCUGUCCACGUUAUCGGCUAUUCAGAUUCUUAAGCUCUACAAUUCAUUGGAUCGACUGGGUUCGUUCAAGCCUGAUUUGGUGAAAUUCAUCAAAGAUUUGCAACUUCCAGACGGGUCUUUCCAAGGAGAUCGGUUUGGCGAGGUGGACUCGAGAUUCGUGUACACUGCUAUUCAAUGUCUAUCCAUACUGGAGGAAUUGGACGAAAAUAUUGCAUCGGGUGCAACAGACUUUGUGUUGCGAUGUCUGAAUUUUGAUGGUGGUUUUGGAAUGGUUCCAGGUGCAGAGAGUCAUGCUGCUCAGGCGUUCGUUUGUCUGGGAACGCUAUCAAUACUAGGUCAGUUGGAUAAACUGACAUCGAAAAAAGAGUUGAUUUCGUCAUGGUUGAGUGAACGACAAGUGGCCAAUGGCGGUCUGAAUGGUCGACCCGAGAAGCUGCCGGACGUUUGUUAUAGUUGGUGGGUACUGACUGGAAUGGAUAUCCUGGGCUGUCUUGAUUGGGUUGACCACGAUAAGUUACGGCAAUAUAUUCUGAGUUGUCAGGAUGAUGUCACUGGCGGGAUCAGUGACAGGCCUGAUAACCAGGUUGAUGUUUUUCACACUGUUUUUGGUAUUGCCGGGCUGAGUCUAUUAGGGUUUGAGGAUCUAGUACCUGUGGAUGCAUCCUAUUGUCUACCAAAGGCUGUGGUUGCCACCAUCAAGAAAUUUCCCUACGAGAUAUAG